GAGCAGUGAGGCAGGACCAGUGAUACAUUCUGCUUGGAGAUCAGAUGUACAUUCUAUUCAGGCAGUCUGCAUCAGCAGCCGGGGAUCUUCAUCACUCUAGCAACCUGGCCAAACAUUAUUGCACUUAGAGCACCUUCUGGAUCACAGUGGACACAGAGAGAUCCAAGGGACUAGGACUGGUGGAAGAAGAGAUCAGGUGGCGGUGACUGAGCAACUGGAGGACAAAGUAAAAGAGAACUGUGCAGAGGGACCCCUGGAUAUUAUAGGGUCCUGUUUAGGGAGCUUGUACGUUGGAGAAGCUUCAAAACAAUUUAGAAGCUCAUCAGCUGGCGACAAGCUUGCAAAGACAAGUGUUUGAAGAGCAGAGAUGGCUAACGUGAAGCUCUUGCUGGGACUCCUGUGGGCAAUAGGAUGUGGCACAUCAUUAGGUCAAGAUAUAACAACAAGCAUCACCUCAGGAAGUGGUACUUCAUUAACAGCAGUUGGAACUACAACUAAAGAAACCACCACGCCAGUUCCUACUACACAAGGUCCUAGUGCAGCAAAUAGUGCCACCAACACACUUCCUGUCACCACCAUACCACAGAUAACAGAUGCACUUUCAACAGUAAGUGAUAAACCAACAAGUAUUACCUCCAACAGUGCCAUUGUGCCACUUACAUCAUCUGCUUUGACUGUUACUAAAAAUGUGGACACAAGCAAUCUUACUGGAAUCACGACAACUAAACCAACAACCGAACAAAUCUCACAAAUUACAACAAACGCAGCAAACACUGCAAUAAGCAAUGCAACAGGACCUCAGCCAACAUCUGGGGCUCCCAGCCAGCUGUCUCCUCAGACAGAAAAUUCGACAUCAACUGGGCAGAAUCCACCCAGCAACACAACUCAAACACCUGUACCAAAUGUACCCUCUUCAACAAGUUUAACCAGCAACAAAACACCUGAAACUCCUAACAAGACCCAUGAAAGCACUACCAAAUUGACAUCAGUUAUAACAAACCCUAGCCAAAUCUCUCCAAGCCCAAGCCAAAAUGUUACUAGCACUAGCCAAACCUCUGUAAGCCCUAACCAAAACAUUGCAAGCACUAUCAAUAGCCCUGUACAUCCUGCUGUUUAUAAAGAGACAACAGCCUCUGUCAGCCCAACCUCUACAAGAAGUGUAACUCCAGGACUCGGCUCUGCUGUCCCAAAUAUUAACAAAUCCACUAUGGCUUCUGGAGAACACUUUCAGAUUAUUUGUCAAAACACAAUUUUCAAUGACUCUCAACUAAAGAUAAUAGUAAAAAAGGACAGCACACAGAAAUGUAAUAACAACCUAAGUGAUGUAAACCUAAAGAGUGCAGUUGAACAAGUGUGCAAAGCAAUAAAACCUGGAUUCCAGAUAUCCACUGACAAAUGCGAGGUAGUGCUUGGCUACAAUGCUCAACAAGAUGAUCGACUGGCAAUAGUGCAAGCUUUGGUGGAAACACAUUUAAACGCAAGUGAUCUAUUUCCGAAGUUAAAGAGCAUCAAAUAUGAGGAUGGAACAAACAUGUUUGCAUACGGUGACAAGGUCCCCACAGAUGAACUUGAUGACUGGUUGAGCAUGCCACUUAUAAUAACUAUAGUGAGUUUGGCAGCAUCUUUGCUAAUUAUAGCAGCAAUCUAUGGGUGUUGGCAUCAGAGGCGGUCUCAAAAGAGAGAUCAGAGGCUCACAGAGGAGCUGCAAACCAUGGAAAAUGGAUACCAUGAUAACCCUACCCUCGAGGUGAUGGAGACAUCUCCAGAAAUGCAGGAGAAGAAAGGAGGUCUUAAUGGAGAGCUUGGGGACAGCUGGAUUGUGCCAUUAGACAACCUAACUAGAGAAGACCUGGAUGAAGAAGAAGACACUCAUUUAUAAACAAAUUGGACAAAUAAGACAUUGGAAAAUCCAACACUAAGAGGCAGCACAUGACCAGUAAAGCAGAUAAGCAGUAACCAAUCUAUCCCUCUUUAAUGAGUGCCAAAAAAGUGAGGAACUGACUGUCUUUUUUUCAGCCAUGCCCCCAUAAUUCAAACUAUACAUAUACACUAUUCCUAACACUCAGUGUGAUAUAAAUGCUUCCCGUGAACUCACCACUUCUAACUACCGGUAGUUUGGAAAGGGAUACUAAUUUUAAUCCAUCUAUGACAGAACCCUUCAAAUUUGAUGACUCAAAACCUGGAUGGUAAACCAGGAAAUGAGAAAACAAUAUGGAGUGCCGAUUCUACUACGUUCUAAAUAUAAAGCACAAUCUUUGGGCUCUGCAAUGUACAAGUGAAAUGUAAAGCAGCAUACCAGUGUUCUACAAAGUCCUGAAGAAAACUGGAUAAAAAACAUCCUGACUUAUUUUUAUAUCAUUUUUAUUUCUGCUUUUCCAUUACACCUUUUCUAAAAACACCGCAAAAAAGUAUGACAAAGCAAAGGAUUAUCAAGCGGUGAAAUAUCUCCAAAUUUGCUUUAUUUUGUGUCACAAGAGCGUCGAUGCAAGUCUCUCAUACAAUGUCUUGGGUUUUCUGUUAUUGCUUAUCUUGUAUGAAAUGACAAUUGGUUCUGUCACUUCAAAUAUUUAGCUAAAGAGUAAAUAUUUUUAAAAUGAGCGUCAAUUUUCUCUCUGUUUCAUUACUAUUUUUCUUGGGCUAACUGUAUCUAUGUUCAAAAAAUGAAUUGGAAGGUGAAUGAAAUGUAAAUAAUUUUAUAGCUGCAAAGCUUUUUUUGACAUAUUUUGCAACGUGAAUGCCAUAUGUAUUUUUCCACAAUUUCACCAACUGCCAUUAAAGGCCUUAACAAUUCUGCUUCAUAUAAUGUAAUGCAAACAUUGGUUUGUCUGGAAUGAAAUAUUAGCAUUCCAUUUGGGAAUUCCCAAAAGACACAGCAAUGCAUUCUACAUCAGAGUGCUCUGUGGAGUUUAGAGGACUUCAUGACAGUAAGGAUUCUGGGAAUUAUAUGAAGCUGUGACAAGUGCCACUGAGAGAUCUUCUGUUUCUGAAUUUCUUUCAUUGUCACGCAUUUUGAACUUGACUUGUUUUGCAUGGUAGGGCCACUAAUUUAUACCUUUCUAAAACACUAACUUAACGUGCUACAUGGCUUUAAAAACAGGCAAACACUAAAUGUGGUUUUUAACUACUUCUGAAGCAAUAUAAGUUUCGGAUUUCAUAAUAUUUUAAAUUAUAUAUUUGUAUUCCAAUAGUUUGUACUUUAAUGUUGUUGUAUUUGGUCCUGUUGGAAAAAAAUACAUUAGAAGAGAAAAGUAAAAGUUUAUCUUAAACAAUGCUUUAAAAUAAUAGAAAUUCUAGCCUUAACACCUAUAAAUUAAUUAAAUGACGUGCCAGGGCUUUCAUAAUAUCAUAGGAUGUGCCAAGUCCUUUGUCCUAAAUGAGUUAAUCAGUGACAGGUCUACACAGCAAAUCUAUGCAAAAGUAAUACAAAGUAUGAGUAUGUCGUUUUGUGUUGCUGGUUUGUUUUGUUUUUAUUUG